AUGCAUUACGCGGUGUUCCUCGCAGGCCUCAUUGGCACGGCCAAUGCAGCUUGUCCGUAUAUGUCAGGCGAUUUACCGGACUCUUCUGAACUUCGUCGUCGCGACGAUGCAGAUGCAUCGGUCGCCACCGAGGACUUCCUUUCUCAAUUCUACCUCAACGAUAAAGAUGCCUUCAUGACUUCGGACAUUGGCGGUCCAAUUGAAGACCAGAACAGUCUGAGCGCAGGAGAGCGUGGCCCCACACUUCUGGAGGACUUUAUCUUUCGUCAGAAAAUUCAGCGAUUUGACCAUGAACGGGUCCCAGAGCGUGCCGUCCACGCGCGCGGAGUCGGCGCCCAUGGCGUGUUCACAUCUUAUGGCGACUGGUCUAACAUAACCGCAGCCUCAUUCCUCGGUGCAAAGGACAAGGAAACACCCAUGUUUGUCCGCUUCUCAACUGUUGCCGGUAGUCGCGGAAGCGCCGACACAGCGCGAGAUGUUCACGGAUUCGCAACGCGAUUCUAUACCGAUGAAGGCAAUUUUGAUAUCGUCGGAAACAACAUUCCCGUCUUCUUCAUCCAGGAUGCAAUUCUCUUCCCAGAUCUCAUUCACGCCGUGAAGCCGCGUGGCGAUAAUGAAAUUCCUCAAGCUGCCACUGCGCAUGAUUCGGCGUGGGACUUCUUUAGUCAACAGCCUAGCGCGUUGCAUACGCUUAUGUGGGCGAUGGCCGGCCAUGGUAUUCCCAGAUCGUUUCGCCACGUUGAUGGUUUUGGUGUGCACACUUACCGAUUUGUGACCGAUAAGGGGGCUUCCAAGCUGGUGAAGUUCCAUUGGAAGACUCUGCAGGGUAAGGCGAGCUUUGUAUGGGAGGAGGCGCAGCAGACUGCUGGAAAGAACGGAGAUUUCAUUCGUCAGGAUUUGUGGGAUGCGAUCGAGGCUGGACGUUACCCUGAGUGGGAGCUUGGUGUCCAAAUCAUGGACGAAGAUGAUCAACUUCGAUUCGGCUUUGAUCUCCUCGAUCCUACCAAGAUUGUCCCGGAGGAAUUAGUUCCAGUCACUAAACUGGGUAAAAUGCAACUCAACCGCAAUCCGAAGAACUACUUCGCCGAGACUGAGCAGGUCAUGUUCCAACCCGGCCACAUCGUCCGCGGCGUCGAUUUCACUGAAGACCCCCUCCUCCAAGGCCGCAUCUUCUCCUACCUAGACACGCAACUCAACCGCCACGGCGGCCCGAACUUCGAACAACUCCCUAUUAACCGCCCCCGAGUUCCAAUCCACAACAACAACCGUGACGGCGCAGGACAGAUGUACAUCCCUCUCAACAAGGACGCCUACACACCCAACACACCGAACAACGGCUCCCCCAAACAAGCGAACCAAACAGUCGGCAACGGAUUCUUCACUGCCCCCGGCCGAACAACAAGUGGAAAGCUAGUCCGCAGCGUUAGCUCUUCGUUCACGGACGUCUGGUCCCAGCCACGACUAUUCUGGAACUCGCUCGUCGAGGCGGAAAAACAGUUUGUCGUGGAUGCGAUGCGUUUCGAGAAUGCCAACGUCGUUAGUCAGGUUGUGAGGGAUAAUGUUGUUUUACAACUUAAUCGGAUCAGCAAUGAUCUUGCGAAGCGAGUCGCCGAGGCUAUUGGUGUUGAUGCGCCGGAUCCUGAUCCGACGUAUUACCAUCACAAUACCACUGCGCGGAUUGGUGCUUUCGGACAGAAAUUGUUGAAGCUUGAGGGGUUGAAAGUGGGACUCCUUGCUUCGGUGGAUAAUUCUUCUUCUAUUGCCCAGGGCGCGAGCCUGCAGACUCAACUCACCUCUGUCGGCGUUGAUGUUGUUGUUGUUGCUGAGCGUAUGGAGGAUGGUGUGAAUCAGACAUACUCGGCGUCCGACGCUACGAACUUUGAUGCUGUAAUCAUUGCGGAUGGAGCGCAGGGACUGUUCGGGUCAAGAUCUUUGACGUCGGAGAACAAGACUUAUGGCGCUAGCUCGUUGUAUCCGGCUGGGCGGCCGUUGGAUAUCCUUCUUGAUGCCUUCCGCUUCGGCAAGACUGUUGGUGCGCUUGGCAAGGGGUCUGCUGCGUUGAAGACGGCGCAUAUUUCUACCGACCGUGACGGUGUUUAUGCUGCUAAGGCUGUCAGUGAUACGUUUACCGAUGAGAUCAAGGAUGGACUGCGGACUUUCAAGUUCUUGGAUCGGUUCACUUUGGAUGGUUAG